GUACAAUUUUUUUCGCGAUGUUACUACAUACUUGUCUACAUAAUGUUAAUGCGUUAAAUUUGCAAUGUAAUGGUGAAUCAGAACUUAUUUGUGUGAUGUAAAAAAUUGUAAAAUGUAACAUAAUCAUCAUUACAUUGCUAUACUUAGUACACGUAUCUUGGUGCGGAGGUGAUUUGCGUUUUUCGUGUUAUUUUUCUUUUGAAAAUCAUAAUGUAUAAAAACAUAAAGUUUCAAAAAGAUAAUCAAAAGCUUAAACUUUUACCAUACGGAGAUGAACUUGAUGAAGAAGCUUACGAGCAGCUCAGACAGCUCAAGACAUACUUUGGAUCUUCGAUUUUACUCAGAGAACCUCGACAGUAUCUCAUCUACUGGAAUGCCAGAUUGCUGUGGUACGUUCAUCUGUACGGAUUAAAAUUCACAAAGGAAGACCAUGUCUUAUUCAUACAAAUUCUAUACGAAAUGGCAACUCGGGCUGAUGUCUCCCUGGAUGUCAUACCCGAUUACAAUUCAUCUGUGCAUACGAUGUUAUGUACUCUGCUGAGAAAAAGAAGACUUCUUGUUCCAGGAGAAGAUCUAACCCUACCGUGGAGACCAUUGUAUAAUAUCUGUAAAAGAAUAUUCUGGUGUAGUCAAAUAAAACAAGCGAUUAUGUCCAUUAAUCCGAAUGUGAAGUACGAUUUGGAACUGAUCGUUAAUACAGUCCGAUACUAUUUCCCACCAGAAUCGACGAAAGAAAUAUUGGAAGAACUAAGACCAUAUCUUUGUCCAUUUGACACAAAGGCAAUGAAAUUUGGAAUUCACAUGUUGAGCUUAUUUCUACCUUUGAGCAAUCGACCAGAAUUAGCCGACGUAACUCAUAAUUUAUGGUUUGAAGAACUAAUGCAAAUAUGGGAUGUUUGCAGUAAUAAUUGUUUCUUUUGGGAAGAUCAUAUUUUACACUUGAUAUCUACCUUGGCUUGGGUCAACGUUGGACGUAUCGAUUGGGAGAAAUAUAUGCCAAUCAUGUACUCGCGUUUUCUAAAAGUUUUCAAGCUGCCGGUUCAUUACAAAAAAACUAGUUCUUUGAAGCUGUCUAAAGUUUCCGAAGAAUCAGCUGCUUCUUGGAUUGUGUCGACGCUAGGCGGAGAAAGUAAAAGCCAAGAUUAUUUAGAGCAGCUAUUGAAAAUUCUUGAAUCAUAUUGCCAUCCGGCCAAUACAGGGUAUUGGGUUUCUAUUAUAAAAUCAUUUUUGAAGAAACUCGUCCGAAAUUUCGUCUUACGAGUUAAAAGAGAACGAUUCGCUAAACCAUCUUGGGACAAUAAUAUUCCACCGGAGAAGAAACUCACCGAUGAAGAUAUACGCAGAUUUGUCGUUAGUGUACAAUCUGUUGCCAUGCAGGCGGUAUUUUCUCCUUCGACUGUGAUGAAUUUCGCUGUAAUAUUCAACGAUCUGGCCACUCUCAGACCAGAUAUCGUGGUGCCUCCAUUACUCGACACAUUUUACGCUACCGUGGAUUCUUUAACCGAACCUUAUAAGUUGAUAUCUGCUUUGCAAAGCAUAUGUGGUGUGGCUAGACCGAUGCUUAGUGGCGGAUUAAACUGUACUUACGAAGGGGGUAAAAACCACGUGAUUCCAUUACUGUUCGCUAUUCUACCUGGAAUCGAUCCUAAUGACAUGAGGAAGUCGAUUAUCGCGCUACAGCUCAUUUGUACAUUUUCAAAUAUGAUUCCCUUGGUUGACUGCUCGUCAGCUUCAUCUCAUUAUUCGGAUCUCACUCCGGAAGAAGAAGAACUAGCUAGUGCUACGUCUCAGUUUGAAGAAUUUGUCUUACAAUUUUUCGACCGCAUAUUUUUACUUAUUGAAAGUAUAGUCCAGGAAAACGUAAGAAUAGAAAAUAACAUCGGCGAUGAUCGUAAUAAAGACGAGCAAAGCGUGUAUGAUAUUAUGUGGCUUUCAUGUCAUUCCCUUGUUGGCCAGUUAUCCAGUUCUAUUUUCAUGGAAGCUUUAAAAAAAUUGUAUAACUAUUCUAUCACGAAAAUUUUCGAGAGAGAAGUCGCUGGCCAAGCUAUUGCUUCUAUGAUAAGAGCAUUUGCCAAAGUUAAUGGCGAAGAAACUUUCAAAUUAUUUUUGCCCAAUCUUUGUUCAUUCGUUAUUGAACAAGGAAAAAAUCAAGAUUUGAAAAAUGAAGAGAUAUUAGAUGACGAAUUGCUUUAUAAAAUGAUGCUCGUUUCUGAGAUUGUAUUAGCUUCGCCGAACGCCAUAAAACCAUAUCUUCCGAUGUUGCAAGAAAUGUUGGAUUUAACGUUGCAUUUGAAAUGCAAAGAAGGCUAUGAAAUCAGUACUAGAUUAUUGGCUCAGUUGUUGAUUUUGUUCAGCACAACAUAUCCUACCGAGUAUCGCAGCAGCACCACAUCGUACGAUGAUAUUUCCGAAAAUUUACCUUUGAAGGAGUGGGGUAAAACCACCGGUAUAAAUAAUUUGAAUAUUAAAUGGUACACUCCUUCGGAAGAAGAAAUCAGCAUAGUUGAACAAAUUUUCUGGAAAUAUUUAAUGCCGGAAUUGGAAACUAUUGAUAAAUAUGUAAAUAACGAAAUAGAAUUAUCCAGAGAAAACUUGAGAGCUACGCUAACGAUCAUUUUCUCGCUGUUCUCCUGCAGCACUUUGUUGGAUCCUUGGAGAGACGAGCCACCAUUGAAAUUAUCCGAAUCCCAAUUACCAGUUUGCCCCAUGACUUUGAAACUGGGAGUGAAACGAUAUAUAAGAAUGCCCGAUGGCUCCAACGUUUACAAGGUCUUGAUGGAAAAAAUGGCUCUCUUACAGAACAAGCUUCUUAAAGAAUCCGAUGACACCAUUUCGUUCAUAUUAUUAAUUAAUAUCUGGUCAGACCUUCUGUACUAUGAUGAAUCGCUGGAAUCCGAUUAUAAAGUUCACAAAGACGGUAUCAAGAUGCCCAAGAUGUUCUUUGAAAAUCGUCUAAUUCCUUCAAAACGUAACGUACGUUUCAUGCUGAUCGAAGAAAUGGCUUUGAAACACAUGUUUCGAUGUAAACAUACCGAACAUGUUUUCACCGAAUCGCAUAAGAUAGCCAUAAUGAAAAUAUUAGAGCUGGCGACCAGUGAUUAUAAACCGGUGCAAUCCAAAGCUCAGAAAGUGCUUCAUAAAAUGUUACGAGUUUAUUACGAAUUACCUUUCGUCAUUAAGGACCAAAUUGUGGAAAAUUUGAAAGGAGAAAAUAAAUUUUCCGAAAAGUACAAGAGUACCUUGGCGAUACUCAAAGGUCAGAGGAGAAAGGAAUGGCCAAUGUUGUUACAAUCUAUGGAUACUUUGCAAGAUAUUUUACCGGCUUUAGUGAACAGUGUUCCGAAUGAAGAACCGGCUGUGGUUAAAUUGCUAAGCGAUGUGACAGAUACCAUAGUAAACAACGUUUGUCGAUUCUCCUUGAAGAUGCAGAUGCCGAACGAAGUUGUUGAAAAAGCUAAAGAAUUAUGGUCUCAUUCCGAAAUCGAAAUGUUACACGAGUUGCCCUCCGAUGAACAGAUUCAAAAAGGCUCCGAUAGAUUGCAGAAAGAAAACUCAAAAGUUACGGAGAGCUAUUUAAAGUUAUUGAAAUCCAUGCUAGAGGCAGCUGAAUCCAAAACUUUACAUUGGAGAUACGAAUUGAUGGCUGUGUCAUUCUUAGCGUUAUUUUUAUCUCCGGAGGAACCUAUACCCGUAGAGAUUGUCAGAUUUUUCCUUAAAUUAUUGCUACACGACUCCGUAAUUUUACGAAAGAUGGCUAUUAAAUGUGUCGUAUGCAUUAUGAAAAUUACUAAACGUAAAGCUGUUCGUGAGAAAGUAAACCCAUUCGCAAUUAAAAAUAGCCAAGGCGAUUCCUCUGUACCGACGAAACCAGGUCCUCGACCUGAUAAUUCGUGGUGUCUUUAUCAUGAAAAUAAUGUUCCCAAAAAUGAAACUGAAUGGAACGAAGCUCGGUAUACUUACUCGUGUUAUAUCGGAUAUUAUUGUUGGCCCAAAGAAUUGUAUUUACAUUCCUCAUCAGCGACCCAGCCGAUGAAUACGUUGAAAGAUGAUGAAUUUACUGCGGUAAAUAAAGAAGUAGAUGCAUUUUUCCGAGACACUAACAAUAUUGAUAAAUUGAUAAAAUACCUGUCGUUAGAAGAAAGCAAAGGGCAACCUCUGAAAUACUUUCAGAUCGCUUUAUUCAAAUAUAUAUUUAAAGUACACGGAGAUCGAUAUUUUGAAAUACUGAAACCGCACGUCGAAAGAUUGGCAGAUGAUCAGCAAGAUGGUUGUCAAAGAUGCGCAGCUGAAAUGCUGGCUGGUAUUAUUCAAGGGACGAAAUUAUGGCCCUAUGAAAAAUCCCAAUGUGUGACUAAAUGGUGUGCCGAUUUAUUGAAAAAAUCCCUCGAUAACGUAACUGUAGAGACGCAGAAAAAUUGGGGUACUGCGAUAGCAUCAGCUUUAUAUAACUGUGAUGUGAAUAAAAGUCACCAUUUAUUGGAAGCUUUAAUGGAUGCGCCGAUAAAAGGAGAUGCUUCAUUUAAAGACUGCGGACGAUUAUUCUCCUUGCAAGGAGGUGGCAUGUAUUCGUGGCGUUUAGGACAUUUAUGGACCAGAUUAUUAGAAGAUAUUAAACCACAUCUUGCUAAUCAGUACCAAAACCUUAGAGAACGUUUGGGAUCAGUUCUAGUUUCUAUUUUUGAGACUGACGUCGAAACCGAUAAUUGGAACAGAACGUGUUCGCCUCGCGCUUCUGAAUUCAUCGAGUACUUGUUGCCCAGAUUGGAAAUUUUGUACAGCGUUGCUCCCAAUAGCAAAGCUAACCCAGUGUAUUAUUCUCGACGAAUUAAAUUUCCAAAACGUGACGAAAAUGGCACCCCGAAUGGAGAUGAAAUGGAUAUCGAUAGCGAUAAAGAAAUCCAAGAAGCUAUACAACUCUUGAAAACUGUUUGCAAAUGGUGCACUUAUUCUAUCCAACGAUGCGUUUACCAAAUGAAACCAGAGUUUUUCAAAAUCUGUCCGUUAGUUUGCUACAUGGAAAAUUACGACAACGAUGACGAGCUGAAAGAAAUCUGCAAAGGUACCUUGUCUCUAAUGAGUUUUAGCAUCGUUCAUCCUCAAGACGUUCCCAUUUUUAUCGAAGCUAUCGAAAAGGUUUCACAAAGUAACAGUUGGUGUACCAAAUGUACAGGGCUAGAUUUUCUGCAAGUUUUCGUUUUCCAUAACGUGUUUAUUAUUUCAACUCGUCAAGAAUGGAUUACUCGAAUUUUAAUCAUUCUCGGAACUCUAUUAGAAGACGACCGAUGCGAAGUACGUCAAAAAGCUGGCGAAGUUAUUAGCGGAUUCAUACAUUACAAUAUCAUCAAAGAAACUCAAGAAUUACUUGAUAAAUUCAAAAAAAUGCGUAAAAAACCUCUGAACAAGAAAAGUAACAUAAAUAUUCGACAUGCCGGAGUAAUUGGCUUAUGUUCGUUCAUAAAUGCCCAUCCUUACACUGUUCCUCCCGAAGUACCUGAACUUUUCGUCGAAAUUGGAGAUCAUCUCGGCGAUCCCGAACCGAUUCCGAGUACUAUUCGUAAAACACUGGGUAACUUUAAACGAACUCAUUAUGCCGAUUGGAAUUUUCUCAAGACUCAGUUUACUGCAGAUCAAAUGGAUGUUUUUAUUGACAUAAGUGUUCCACCUAAUCACUACGCUUGAUAACAUAAAUUUUUUUCAGUGGGUUAUAUUUCUAUCUUCCUUUUUUUCCCUUCAUUUUUCUUUUAUCAUUGUUACCUCGUUAAGUCGCUCGUUGAAUUUUAUUGAAUUAGUUUUAUGUAUAAACAUUUUUCCCCGUUCGUUGUAACACCCCACGUUGUAAUUUGAUAAGUAGUUUGUAAUUGUGUGUACGUUUUAUUCCUCCCUUCUCCGUGUCUCCCACCUUAUUGCCUCUUAGUGAAUGUGGUUUAUGGGUUUUGUUUGUAUUCGUAAGUAUUUUUUAUUGAAGAAUACAUUAAAUUUUCAUUUUUUAA